UACGUGAACUGGAAUAUGGCAUUUGGCAUAUUGAAUAUGGAACAUAGCCAACGACCCCAAAAAAAUAUUACCAAGGCAAUCUAUAGUAGCACAUGAGAUCUAGGCUAGGCAUUGGUCUUAGCUGGUUUCUCGGCGCGGACCGAAAAAAGGAUAGAUCGAGGAUACCAAUGUUGUGUGUGUGUGUGUGUGUGUCGUGUGUGCUGUGUUUGCCUGACAUACAUACAUUAGUUAAUACCACGGCGCCGAGAACUUUGUUGGUCUUGUCUUUGUCUUGUGUCUCUUUUCUAAAUAAUAUUUUCUCUACACGAUUUGACUUGACCGAGCCCUUGGUAUUUUUUUUGGAGGGGGGUAGUACUCCUUUUUGGUGGUUUUUUUUUUCUCGUUACAUAUCAAAAACCCCUUUCGCUCCUUGGGUUGCCUCUUCAUCAUUCUUGCUACUCGUUCUUCUUCUCUCAUCUAAUUAUUUCCUGUUCGUCUUGCUCUCGGCCCUUUUCUUGUUUCUGCUUCCCAGGCGAGGAUUCUUCUUAUCUCCGGGUAAUCGCCUAACUAUUGGUUAAUUACCUAUUAACGAAAACGGGAAGGAGAAGAACCAAACGUUU